UAAAUACUCAAACAUCUUCUUAGUCUUCAGGCAUUACACGAGUUUAUUACUGUUUUGUCACUGAAGAGAGAUGGUGAACGUGAGGAAAUAACCCUGAAGUGGAAUUGUCCAAAAGGAAUAUUAAGUCCCCAAGUGCCAUGAUAGACACCGCAGGUGACAUUCACUGUAAGGGCCUAGCUGAUCGGCCUGCUUUCAGCUGUGUUUAUUUGCCUCCACUUGUGAGUGCUGAUCUGAGGGAAACCGUCCCCUGCUUUGUUAAGAUAAUUAAUGUUUCUCCUUCCAUUUUUUUAAAGGAAAUGGCUAAAAUCCUGAAUCAUCCCCGAGUCUAUGCGUUCCUGCACAUACCCGUGCAGUCAGCCUCCGACUCCGUGCUCAUGGAAAUGAAGAGGGAAUAUUGCGUGGCCGACUUCAAAAGGGUAGUGGAUUUUCUGAAAGAGAAAGUUCCUGGAAUAACUAUAGCUACAGAUAUUAUCUGUGGUUUUCCUGGAGAAACAGAUCAAGAUUUUCAAGAAACAGUGAAACUUGUUGAAGAGUACAAAUUUCCAAGCCUCUUUAUUAACCAGUUUUACCCAAGACCAGGAACUCCUGCUGCAAAAAUGGAACAAGUUCCAGCUCAAGUGAAAAAGCAAAGAACAAAAGAUCUUUCUCGGGUAUUUCAUUCUUACAGUCCAUAUGAUCACAAGAUUGGUGAAAGACAGCAAGUGUUAGUAACAGAAGAAUCUUUUGAUUCCAAGUUUUACGUUGCACACAAUCGAUUCUAUGAGCAGGUUUUAGUGCCAAAGAACCCCACAUUCAUGGGGAAAAUGGUCGAAGUGGACAUUUAUGAAUCCGGGAAGCACUUUAUGAAAGGGCAGCCAGUAGCAGACGCCAGAGUAUACACUCCAUCCAUCAGCAAACCGUUAGCAAAAGGAGAAGUCUCAGGUUUGACCGAGGUUUCUGCUGAAAGACCACUUAUCAGUGAGAGCUUCCUGAGUAGCCCUCUGUAAAGUGCCCCCAUCAUCUGUCAGGGCCUAAUACCCCCUGUCUGUUCUCUACUCUUCUCCGUGAUUCACCUCAUCAUCAGACGCACCAAAUAUUUAUGUUUCUUUGAUUCCAGUUACUAAAAUGGAAGCCCCAUCCAUGAGCGCUGGUACGUUGUGCUUCAUUAAGCUCAUUGUCCUUAAUGUCUAGAACAGUGCCUGGCAGGGAGCAAGUGUUUAAUAAAUGUCUGUUGAGUGAAUGUGUUUGUGCUGGAGAUACAUGUACGUCCCUUACUGUAAAGGAGUGCAGGACCAACCGUCUGCUCAGUCUCGAUUAUCAGUUAGCUGUACUGUAAGUGCCUCAUGACAGACAACCACAAAACCUGAGUGAGUUCAGCUAAUCUCGACCAGGCUCACUCAUGUAUCUACAGUCAGCUGUAGGGUGGCUGGGCAGCUCUUCUAGUCUCUGUGGGCUUGCUGACAUGUCCGCUAGUUCAGCUGGCAGAUCUAGAGGGCUCAGCUGGGACUCCUUGGGUGAGUCUGCUCUGCUCCAUGGGUCUCAUCCUGUAACAGGCUAGCCUGGGCAUGUUCC